CAUUGAAACUUCCUGGCACCACUUAAAACGCGAUAACAUGAAAAGCCACCAUUCAGAAUUUCUUUCAGAUCAGUCCCAGUUUUCAAAAACUCUCUGAUUCUUUGCUUGCAACUUUUUGGAUGGAAUCUAUACUAUGCGCACUUUCAUCAGUCCAAAAGGAGUUGUGGACAUCUUCCUUCAUCUGCAGCUCCCUCCCAAUACCUCCCCCAUUAAAUACACCACCACGCACCUUCCCUUCAGCACACGGAGAAUAUUGAAGGAGCUCAAGGACUUGCAGAGAGAUCCACCAACUUCAUGCAGUGCAGGUCCUGUGGCUGCGGAUAUGUUCCAUUGGCAAGCAACCAUCAUGGGUCCAAAUGACAGUCCCUAUGCUGGAGGUGUUUUCGUUGUGACAAUCCAGUUCCCACCUGAUUAUCCUUUCAAACCCCCAAAGGUUGCCUUCAGGACCAAGGUGUUCCAUCCAAACAUAAACAGUAAUGGGAAUAUAUGCUUGGACAUACUCAAGGAACAAUGGAGCCCUGCACUCACCAUAUCUAAGGUUUUACUCUCCAUAUGCUCCUUGCUAACUGACCCAAACCCGGAUGAUCCUCUCGUUCCUGAGAUUGCUCACAUGUGCAAGACUGAUAAAUUCAAGUAUGAGUCCACCGCUCGGAGCUGGACGCAAAAGUAUGCCAUGGGCUAAGACCUGCAUGAUAUUUAUUUAGACAUAUAGAAGGUUGUAUAUAAAUACAACCUUAUAUAAUAUAUAAAUAUAUAUAUUAAUACACUUGCCGCUGAUGAUCUUAAAACGUACCUUGACAUGAUUUUAUCUCUCAUGCAUGCUGCCUUGGUGAGGUAUAGGAAUGAUCCAAGCUAGGCUUUCAUUUUGUAAUUUGAGCAUCUCUUUGCUUCGUAUUAAUGGCUGGACAACCUUAAAUAUUGGUGCCUAUCUUUCAUGUCUCUUGCUUAAGAUUGUAAUAAACAGCUAGCGUCAACUUCACCCUUCUUCAUCUCA